AUGCCUCCAACCACCUCGGCGCUGAUGCGCCUAACCCGCGCAAGCCGGCAAACACCAUCGCCAGCCAGUCUGCUCAAGGCUCUGCCGCCAUGCAGACAGCCGCUCGCCGCGCUGCCGCAAAGGCGCGCCUUCACUAAUGUCCCCCAACGACCUCGAACCCGAACACCCCUUACGAACUUCUUCAACGCUCACGGCCUGCCCAAGAGUCCCCUCGUCCGCGCGGCCUCUAGCUCUUCCACGACCACGACCACGACUUCCAAACCGAAAUCCCGGCUUCUAUGGCUAGCCUACCGCGGCGCGGCAUGGCUCGGCGGCGGCAUCAUCUUCGUCGGUCUCGGAAUUGUUGGCUUCUUCAUCUACGACGCUUCUACCUACAAGGAACACCCGGACCAGUUCGAGAUCCACGUCUCGGAGCUCGCGCUGAACCCCAGACGCGGCGGGCCGAAGAACCUCCCUAUUGCUGACGUACUUAUCGACGACCUGGACACCGAGGGCAUGAAGAGCACCAAGGACAAGCCGAAGCUGGUUAUUCUGGGCGGCGGCUGGGGCGGCGUUGCCAUGCUCAAAGAGCUGAACCCAGACGACUACCACGUAACUGUAAUCUCACCGACGAACUACUUCCUGUUUACGCCUAUGCUGCCGUCUGCUACUGUUGGAACCCUGGAACUGCGAUCUCUGGUUGAACCUGUCCGCCGAAUUCUCGCUCGCGUGAACGGCCACUUCAUUCGUGCUUGCGCAGAGGACGUCGAGUUCUCGCACAAGCUGAUUGAGUGUUCGGACACUGAUGAAGCUGGCAACACGAGACGUUUCUAUGUUCCCUACGAUAAGCUGGUAAUUGCUGUUGGAUCUACAACGAACCCCCACGGUGUGAAGGGACUCGAGAAUGCGCACUUCCUCAAGGAUAUCAGCGACGCCCGCAAGGUCCGGAACCAGGUUAUGCUUAACCUCGAGAAGGCCUGCCUACCUACGACUUCCGAUGACGAGCGCAAGCGUCUCCUUUCCUUCGUCGUCAGUGGAGGUGGCCCUACCGGCGUUGAAUUCGCAGCCGAACUCUUCGACAUGCUCAACGAGGACCUCACCCAGCACUUCCCGAAGCUUCUUCGUAACGAAAUUUCCGUUCACUUGAUCCAGAGCCGUAGCCACAUUCUCAACACCUACGAUGAAACGGUUUCGAAGUAUGCCGAAGAGCACUUUGCCCGCGACCAGGUCGAUGUGCUCACCAACUCGCGCGUCAAGGAGGUUCUCCCUGACAAGAUCAUUUUCACACAGAAGCAGCCCGACGGUUCGCUUGUCACCAAGGAACUCCCCAUGGGCUUCUGCCUCUGGUCGACGGGUGUCGCCCAAACCGACCUCUGCAAGCGCCUGUCUGCAAAGCUCGGCCCGUCACAGACGAAUCGUCACGCUCUGGAGACUGAUACUCAUCUCCGUCUCAAUGGAACACCCCUGGGCGAUGUCUACGCCAUCGGCGACUGCUCAACUGUCCAGAACAACGUUGCCGAUCAUAUCAUGACCUUCCUUCGUGGCCUUGCCUUCAAGCGAGGCAAAGAUCCCGAGACCCUCGAGCUCCACUUCACCGACUGGCGCGACGUUGCCAACGACGUUCGCAGACGCUUUCCCCAGGCCGUCGGCCAUCUCAAGCGUCUUGACAAGCUCUUCGAACAGUUUGACAAGGAUCAGUCCGGUACCCUCAACUUUGGCGAGCUUAGAGAGCUCCUGAAGCAGAUCGACUCAAAACUCACCUCGCUUCCCGCAACGGCGCAGCGCGCGCACCAGCAGGGACAGUACCUUGCCCACAAGUUCAACAAGAUGGCUCGCACCUCGGAAGGCCUGAGGGCGAACCAGGUUUUCGACGGUGAUAUCGACGCAGUGGUUUAUAGAGCAUUUGAGUACCGCCAUUUGGGAAGUUUGGCGUACAUUGGUAACUCGGCCGUCUUUGAUUGGGGACAGGGCUGGAGCUUUGCCGGUGGACUGUGGGCGGUUUACAUGUGGCGAUCCGUCUACUUUGCUCAGAGCGUCAGCCUGAGGACGCGUAUCUUGCUUGCCAUGGACUGGGCCAAGCGUGGCCUCUUUGGAAGAGGUAAGCUCUCUUACGUUCCCCUUCUUAAUUGGACCUUUACUAAUACUCAACAGAUUUAA